AUGACAUUCAACGUCAUCCACAGUCUCUAUCCUGACAUCAACGUCAUCACAGGCAUUCUGAAGGACUACCUACGUGAGCUGCCGUCCUCCCUUAUCACCAGGACCUUGUACGAGGUGGUUUUGGAGGCCAUGUCUCUGAGACCUCCUCCUUCCCGCUCCUCCCCUGGUACCUCCUCUCCUGGCAGGAGCGAGGGAGACGUACAGCGAUCUCAGAGCACCGUGGCCCUGCUGCAAUGUCUGCCUGAACCAGAGAGGGCCACCCUCUCGCUGCUCCUGGACCAUCUGAGCCUUGUUGCCUCCUACAGUGACUGUAACCGGAUGAACUGUCAGAACCUGGCUGUGUGUUUCGGCCCGGUGCUCCUGACCCCCACCCAGGAGUCCUGGCGACCCACUGCACCGGGACAGGGAGGGCAGGUCGGGCACGGGGGGAGCUGUGGAAGGGGCGGACGGAGUUUUGCUCACAGUGAGGAGAUCGCCAGUGCUGUGGACUUCAAGAGACACAUCGAGGCCUUGCAUUACCUGCUGCAGCUUUGGCCCAUUCCUACAGACCGAGUGACAGACGACCCUGACUCUCCCGCCCUCCUCCAGCCCUCCUCCAGUUCAGACGUGCCUCCUUCCCCUCCCAGCCCCGUGCCCCAUAACCCCCUGCGGCGGCGCUGCCAGCGCGGCCUGUCGCUGCCUCUGGACCUACCGGGGGACGAAGUGGGCGUGGUGUCGCGACGUGGGCGGGGCCGACUGGAGAGCACGCCGUGUAACCGGUAUGCUGGCGACUGGAGCGUGUGUGGGCGGGACUUUCUGUCCGGAGGAGAUGCGGACUACGAUGAGGUGGCAGGGAGCGACAGUGAGGAAGAGGAGGAAGAGAGGGAGGUGAAGAAGGUGGAGUGGACUCAGUACGUAGAUGACUUAGUUCUGGAUUUUGACGCCCCGUUUACCUGCAGACUGAGUCUCAAAGACUUUGAUACGCUGAUAUCAGACCUGGAGAGAGAGCUGUCCAAUCAGAUCAACAUCUGUCUCUGAGAGGGAGAGGGAGGAGAGGAGGGAGGAGAGGAGGGG